AGCAAUCUCCCUAAUUAUUCAAAUUGGUGAAUUUGCGAAGUAUGGAAAUGUAGUUGGCACUGGAAAUUUCCAACUCCCACUCCAUUCUGUGGCCAGGAUUAGUACACCCGUAGAAGAAGCAACCCCCCCUCCUCAUUGCCACCACUGUCAUCUUCCUCAUCAAAUUCUCCAUCUUCUUGGACUUGGAGAAAAAAGCAUGGCCAUUUUACAGUUCCAACCAUUUCUCUCUCAUAUAUCCCUCUCCAAGACUCCUAAUUUCUCACAGUUCUAUAAACUUCCCAAGAAACCAAGAACCCUGUUUUUCGGCCUGCAACUCCUGUUAAAGCCUGGCAAUCAACUGAAGAAAAACUGGCAGAAGUUGGGUGCAGUAGUCGAAGAAAUUUCUGCUGGAGCGCAGGAUGGUGAUCAGAGUGUGAUUCAAGAAGAAGUGAUUGGGCAGAAGGAAGCUGCGAGCUAUAACUGGGCUGAAGAAUGGUAUCCACUUUAUCUGACCAAGAAUGUGCCUGAUGAUGCACCUCUUGGUCUCACCGUGUUCGAUAAGCAGGUUGUGUUGUAUAGAGAUGGCAAUGGUGUGCUUAGGUGUUGUGAGGAUCGAUGCCCCCACAGGCUAGCAAAACUCUCUGAAGGUCAACUGUUUGACGGGCGAUUGGAAUGUUUGUACCAUGGUUGGCAAUUUGACGGCAAUGGUAAAUGUGUGAAAAUACCCCAGCUCCCAACAGGUGCAAAAAUUCCAAAAUCAGCGUGUGUGAAAACAUAUGAAAUUAGGGACUCGCAAGGCGUUAUAUGGAUAUGGAUGUCUCACAAGAAGCCACCAAAUCCUGACAAAUUACCUUGGUUUGAGAUCUUUGAUAGACCAGGAUGUCAAGACACUUCAACGAUCCAUGAGCUUCCAUAUGAUCAUUCCAUCCUUCUAGAGAACCUAAUGGAUCCUGCUCAUGUUCCUAUUUCACAUGACAGAACAGAUUUUUUGGCAAAAAGGGAAGACGCAGCAGCGCUGUUUUUUGAGGUGACAGAGAGGACAGAUCGAGGCUUCGCUGGCUGGUGGGGUAGAGAAAUAAAUCGGGAAGAACCAAACUACAUACCGUACUUUUUGAGAUUCGAAGCUCCUUGUGUCCUUCAGAACAACCGAGAAUUCAUUGACAAGAAUGGCGAGAAGCACUAUGGUGCAGGCCUCUUCCUCUGCAGACCCUCUGGGCAAGGAAAAUCCAUGCUUAUAGUUAGGUUUGCAGUCACCAGUAAACCACCAUUGCUCUUGAGACUUAUUCCAGAAUGGUACAUUCAUCAGAAUUCAUGUAAGGUAUUUGAACAAGAUAUGGGUUUCCUUUCCUCUCAGAAUGAAAUUCUUAUGAAAGAAAAAGUUCCCACAAGAGAACUUUACAUCAAUUUGAGGUCAUCAGACACAUGGGUAGCAGAGUAUCGAAAAUGGAUGGACAAAGUUGGGCAUGGAAUGCCUUAUCAUUUUGGGCAUAGCACAAUCUCUCUACCAGAAUAUCCGGCUGUAGUUGAGCAUGCUCCGGCUGGUUUUGUUGCCAAUCUUUCAGCUUCUCAACCAGCUAAGGGUGGGAUCGGAACAAUGCAUGCACCAAAUCCUGCAAAUAGAUAUUUCCGGCAUGUGAUUCAUUGCAAGCGAUGCACGAAUGAUCUCAAAUCUUUUCAAGCGUGGAAAAAUGCUCUCUCGGUUGCUGCGCUGGUGUCAACGGCUUUGGCAGUUCUUAUAUCUGGAAGACAGUGGAAAGCCCUCCUUUUGUUUUCAACUACACUGUGCCUCGCUGGAAUUCAUAUCUGUUCGACUGCAAUUGCACUGAACACAACAAACUUCAUAAGGACGCAUAGGAGGCUGUGAACCAGGCCCGUAGGUUGUAAAGCACUAGUUCUUGCAAAACUAAGAUAUGCUAUUUUGAUCUCUCACUUGUUGAAGAUCAACUCAAUAUGCGUCGGAUUCCUUAAAUUUACAUCUUUAUAUGUUGAAAUUUCUUUCUACAGAA